AUGGCGUUUUUGGGUGGAGUGCUUAGUGGAGUGAGGGAGGAUGAAAAUGUUACAACUUAUGAUGUUAAAGACACUAAUAAAAAUAUUACUUCAGUUAUUAACACUCUUAACACUAGUGUAGGUAAAGGCCGUCAGGCCUUCGGUGUCGCCGUGCAUAAGGUAAGUGAGUGGUUGAAAAAUCAUGGUGAGCAGGUGGAGGGGAGGACUCAAGAUGUACUCGGCGAAUUAGGUAAGUUAACAACCUUAAUAAGUGCACAGAUACAGUACCUGAAGCCGGAGUCUAUUAGCAGUCUAUCCACAAUACAGACCAUUUUCGGCCAGGACGUUGGAGAGGUGAUGAGCCGUAUGAAAACGCUGAGGGAAACUGAAGAAGGCUUCAAAGGGCUCGAUGAUUCAUUAAAAGAGAAAUUGAACGUCCCAUUAGGAAAAAUAGAAACGGCGGUGGAGUUGUUGAAAAAAUCGUCCGAUAAUCUUGAUUUGACUGGUCAGGUUAGGGAUGUAGAUUUUCAGAUAAAGAGCAAAAAAGAAGAAGUGUUGAAUACAAUUAAGGAUAAAUCUGACGCACUUGAAAGGACCACGCAAGGCAAAUUAAGUGAGAUGGAACGUCGUGUAAGUGCUAUUGGAGAUUUGCGUGAGGAGAAGUUGGAGGCUUUGAAGAAAUCUGUGGAGUCAUUGGUGGCUUCAGUGGGACGAGCAGACGGAGCUGCAAAUACAUUGGUGGAUGCGUAUAGGAGUCAAAUUGUCAAUGAAUUAGGCAAAAUUAAUGGACAGGUUAAGGCGCUUAAUACUAGUGAAGUUUCUGAUGAUCUAAAUAAGGUCUACGAAAGCAUUAACAGGCAGUUGCAGGUGCUUAGUCAGCAGUUGGAGCAGCUUGGUAGUUCUGGUGAAGAAGUUACGAGAGGUGUGGAGGGCGGUAUAACCCAAAUUAAGAAUGCAUUGAGUGAGGAAAUCACUCAGCUUAAGGGGCAGGUAAGGAGUCAAAUCAGCGAAUGCUUUACGGAGUACGUAAAAUUGGUCAAGCAGUCGAUUGCAGGGAUUACAAGUGCAAUGAAUGAUGUUAAAGCGACAAGUGUCGUCCAGCAUGACUCUCCGCUAUACACUAAAGCCAACUCAGUCAAAGAAAACCUGGAUAAACUGGACGAGCAACUUAAAAUAGGCGCAGGUAAAAUUGGCAACGCAAUUCAUCAGGAUAUUCGAGACGUUGACGACGCAAAGGAAUUGUUGCCGAGUCAGGUGAAAUUAGAUUUGGACAACGUUAGAGACAAGGUAAGGAAUAAAGUUUUCAGCGCCAUUCAAGGCCUGCAAAAUAGUGGUAUCGGCCAUGUUAAUGGGGGUCAACUCCAGGCUACAUGGGAAUUGCACGGGUUUAAGCAGGCUAUUAAAUUAGCACAAGCUGAGGCUUAUCAGGCUGUCUCAUCGGCAAUUGAUAAAAUAAAAACUUCCGACUUCGACAAUGUAUUCCGAAAAUUAAAUGAGCAAAUAAAAUCGCGGUCAAACGCUGACCCCAAUUCCCUCCAAGCCAAAAUAGGCAAGAUAGAAAAGGACCUUGCACCGUACUUCACCAAUGGCGUAAAAUCGAGUGAUUCAGAAUUCCACCUCGGACAAUUCGGCGAUUAUGGAAAGAAAAGAUCGGAAGCACAACAACACAUCGAACAAGUGCUUAAGCAAAUCAUAACGCUGGAAGGAGUGCAAUCUGAAAUUACAAAGCUCGACCAAAAGCUCGGAGCGGCGCUUAAAGGCUCUUCUGCGGAUCUCAGUGAGGUCGUUGCUCUUGACGACAGCGUUGAUGCUAGGGUUGAAAAGGUCACCAGCGUCGAUUUCAACACUCCACUCAAACCUCUACUCAACGAUGCAGCCAAUAAGGGCAUUAGCAUGUUAAAUAAUAGAGUGACUGAGAUUCAUACCCAACUCAGCGGUAUCGAACCUGAGAUUAGGCCGCAAAUUGACAAAUUGCAGAAGAAUUCUGUCCCCAACUUGUCAGGCGAUAUUCAAAAGCAAAUUGCGGAGCUUCAAGAGAAGAUUACAAGACUCCAACUGCUCGUCACCUCUACAAAAGGAAGUGCUGACGGCGAAAUAAGGACACAAGUUAUAGGAUUGAGAGAUCAAGUUGCAGGACUAAAGGAUAGCAUCGGAAAUAUUAAUACAAAUAUACAAGCCUUCAAUAAGUCCCUUCAAUCGGCAAUCGAAGAAGCAAAAUCAACUGUCAAAAAGCCAAAGCAGCGUUGA